AUGGCUUUAGUGCCUGUUAAUACAAGAAAUCGUAUUAAUCCAAUAUCUAUACCAGCUCUUGAACCAUCAAGAGUACCUUAUGCAACUUAUCAUCAAGUUGAACUCUGUGCUGAUCCAAAUUGUCCAGUAUGUCGAGCACAACGACGUGAUCAACAUUAUAAACAUCAUAAACGACGUCAUCAUCACCAUCAUCAUCAUAAAAAACAUCGAACGGAUUUUUGGAAUACUCUUUUACCAAGAGUUGAAUCAGCAUCAUCAACUGUUACAAUACAUAGUAUUGAACUAGAUGAACGGCGUCCUCAUUAUAACUCAUAUACAAAUGAACGAGCUGUUGUCCCUGUUAAUCAAGCAGAACGACAAGUAGUAACAACAACAACAAGACCUAGACGUAUUGCAGAUGAUGAUAUUGUUCGAGAAGCGUGGGUCAACAAUCCGACACGUGAUGAUGAAAUUGUUUGUUGUCGAGCAUACGAUGGUUGUCGAUGUCCAUGUUGGUGUUGUAUUAUACUUAUUAUUAUUUUUGUCAUACUUAUAAUCAUUUUAAUUGUUCUUUUAGCUACACUUCUUUGA